AAUCGCGUAACACUUCGUGCUGGUAAAAAUGUUCCAAUUACUUCAAAAAAGUGCCGGAAAGCUUCUUGGAUUUAAAGUUCCUCCAGUUGUAGCAAUUAACCAAUGUCGGGCUCUAGCUCAACAACAGCAACAACUUCAGCCGACCGAGCUCAAUCCCUUUCGUGCUCCACGUUCUGUGUGGAUCGAAAAUCUGGACACCAUCGAGGAACAAAAACUAGGAAUCCAGGAGCUGAGCAGUGAAAUCUUUGGCGCUACACCGAGAAUCGACAUCGUCCACCAGAAUAUCGAAUGGCAGCGCAAGUAUCGAUUCGUUAGUUUUGCUAACACCAAAACUAGGAAUGAAGUUCGGGGUGGCGGUAGGAAACCAUGGCCGCAGAAGGGAUUGGGUAAAGCUCGUCACGGUUCGAUCCGUUCGCCACUGUGGCGGGGAGGUGGAAUUGCCCAUGGACCACGAUCGCCUACAACGCACUUCUACAUGCUUCCGUUUUUCAACCGGGUGCUGGGGUUGGUUUCGACGCUUUCCAUCAAACUAGCCCAGGAUGAUUUGCAUAUAGUAAAAGAUUUGGAAAUUCCAACGGAGGAUCCCCAGUAUCUGCGGGAGUUGGUUCAGGAGCGAGCGUGGGGACCAUCGGUGUUGUUUAUCGACAGCAGCGACAUUAUGCCGCGGAAUAUUUCCGCUGGAGCGGACACCAUCGAUCACAUCAACCUGAUGCCGGUCUAUGGACUGAAUGUCUACUCGAUGCUGAAGCACGACACCGUGGUGUUCACGAAAAAGGCCGCCGAAGAGAUUGAAUCCAAGCUCACCGAACAUCUGCAUCGAAGCGAUGCAAGAUCGCUGAUGACGAAGUUCAAAGUAGACCGAUAAAUUAUGUUUGAAAUAUAAAUAGAUUGAUUUAA